AUGCAGCCUGCGGCCCUCAGCAAGGCGCAGCGCCUGGCCUCAAACAAGGCGAGCGACCUGGAUUUGCUGCUGCCUGAGCUUGAAUGCCUGCGCUGUUGCGCCCCUCCAGCAGCUCACAUUGCGUUCCCACAUGUUCCUGACCGCGAUGUACCGGGUGCCGCGCUGCAGGGCGGCCUGGCCGGCACCCGCCGGCGGCUGGGCGGCGGCGGCGGCCGGCGUGCCGCCAUGCCGCUGCGUGCCGCGGCAGCCAGCGAGGAGGCCGCCGACCUGGGCUCCCUCUUCCGCGACGCCCUGUCCUCUCCGGUGGUGAAGAAGGCGGCGGCGCCGCCCGCGCCCGCGCCCGCGCCCGCGGCGGCGCUUCCCGACGCUGCCGCCCCCGCCUCGGGCGUCACCGUCGACCCGGUGCCCGGCACUGAGAUCCUGCAGGGCGCACCCGCGCCGCAGCCGCCCCCCGCGCCCUCCCAGGGCAUGGACUUUGUGCUGGAGCAGCUGCAGCAGAAGCCGCCGGGGUACGGCGACAGCGGCGCGGCGGCCGCCAAGGCCGCCAAGGCGGCGGCGGCGCCGCUGGCCGACACCCUGGGCGAGGGGCUGGCGUCUGCUGGCAAGGGCCUGGGCGAGGCGGGGGCGGCCGCCAGCAAGGGCCUGACCAGCGCCGCCGACAGCGUGGGCGACGUGCUGGGCGGCGCGGCCGGCGCGCUGACCGGCGCCGCCGCCGGCGCGGCCGACGCGGCGGCCGCGGCCAGCCAGGCCACCGACGCGUUCGGCAGCGUGCUGAGUGGGGCGGCGGGCGGGCUGAGCGGCGCGGCGGGCGGGCUGAGCGGGGCCGCCGGCGGCGCCGCCUCCUCUGUCCAGCAGCUUCUGGAUGGCGCCGCCGCCGAGCUGAGCUCCGAGGCUGCCGCCCUCCAGGCCAGCUACGAGUCGCUGGUGGGGGGCCUGACCAGCACCCUGGGGGGCGUCACCUCCGCAGUCUCCAGCACCGUGGGCGGCCAGGUGGCAGCCGUGGCCGACCAGCUGUCUGGCGCGGUGGACGCGGCGGCGGCCGCGCUGCCCCCCGGCGCCGGCGACGUGCUGCUGGCGGCCGGCGGCGCGGCGGCGGGCGCGCUGCGGCAGCUGUCGGGUCUCGACCCGGCCGCGGCGGCGGCGGCGGCGGGGCUGGGCCUCGGCCUGCCCGCCGCGCUGGCCUGGAGCGCGGCCUACGGCGGCUUUGCCGGCGCCCUGGAUCCCGAGGAGGCUCUGGAGGUGCUGCAGACAGAGGCCGCCGUGCUGGUGGACGUGCGCACCGAGCAGCAGCGGGUGGAGCGAGGGGUGGCGGAGCUGCGGCGCGGCGCGCUGGGCAAGGGCGCCGCCGUGCCGCCGGUGCAGCUGCUGCCCAGCGUGGCCAAGCGGCUGCGCGACCCUGCCGGCGUGGCGCUGGAGAUUCAGGCGCUGGAGGUGGCGGCGCUGGCCAAGGUGCGGCCCCGCUCCACCAAGGUCAUCGUCAUGGACGACAAGGGCGAGGGCGCCAAGCGCGUGGCUCGCGCGCUGCGUGCGGCGGGCGUGCGGCGGCCGUAUGUGCUGGCUGGCGGCUUCCGGGCCUGGCAGGAGGCGGGGCUGGGGGUUCGCUCCACAGCCUCCGAGUAUGAGGCCUCUCCGCUGGACGUGGCGGAGGAUGUGGCGGGCACAGUCGCGGAGCAGGCCGCCAGCCAGCUGUCGCCGCUGCGCGAGCCCAAGAACGCGGCGGUGGCGGCGGCGGCGCUGGGCGGCCUGGGCUACGUCGCCGCCAACUUCCACACCACGCUGCAGUUCCUGGGAGUGCUGGGGCUGGAGCUGACGCUUGUGAACCGCGCGCUGAGCUACGGCAGCGUGGAGGAGGCUCUGGAGGAUGUGCGGGGGCUGGCCGGCAGCGCCGCCAGCCUGGCCGCGCUGCCCGCCAAGGCCGCAGAGGCGCUGGGGCGCGCCGGGCGCGGCGUGGCGGCGGCGGCGCAGCAGGCGGCAGGCGACAGCAAGGUAUGA